UCAAUUUUAAAAUUAUUUCGAAGUACACCUCGAACUGAUUGUACAUGUUCCGGCCUGCCCACCGGAUCAUCCACCCCUUUUCCAGUUGUUCUGGUGAGUGAGUGCCUGAUCCUCUCGGUUUCACUUGUCUUUUCGUGAAUGCUGAAUGCUACACCUGCAGCCAUCACGCACUGGGGAGCUGUGAACGGAGGUGCAACCGAAUCUUUUCAUACACUCGUCUCACUUGGAGUACAGACCUUUCUAGGCAUCAGCGGAACCACUGCUAUUCCAUUUCUACCGGAGCCUGGCAGAGGGCGCACCUCCUCUCCCCUCGGAAACUGAGGUCACUUUCCAGCUGUUCACACUCACAGUAACCAGGCAACUGUUCAGAAUGUACAUGUGGCAAGUGCACGUCCCCGGCGGCGUGACAUACGCGUACUUGUAUGCCAUGUUACUGCUCUGUCGACUAGCCUGUCUCUGCGCUGCCACGAAAAGUGUGCAUGUAGACGGCGUGCGUUUCGACAAGCGUACCAAGUCUUACUCAUUGGAUGUCCUGGUGGAAGCAGACGUCAGCCCCGUUUCGCCGAGACCGGCGAAGGGUUGCAAUACUAGUAGCAGCCGUCGAUUCCUGGACAAUCUCGUCCAGGCGUUCAGCGAUGCGUCGGAAGUCAUGAAGGAGGCUACCGCCCGGCACGCAAACAUCAGCGAGGUUCGCGUCUUUCUGCCGCGCCACUGGCCUCGAGACGGAAUACCUCACGGCCGGGUUCCGCUUCAGUGCCGACCUGAAAAACAAGAUGCUAAGGUUUCUAUUGUAAUAAAAAAGGAAAGUCAAGUAUACGUUUCUAACCCUUAUCCAAGGUGUGGAGUCCCAUUCAUGGGCAAUAUGUACCUAUCGUGGGGAAACUUCUCCGGAUACCAGGCCUGUCCCAAAGACACAACCUUGUCUCGCAUUCUUGUUCACGAGUUUGCUCAUCUACGCUGGGGAGUUUAUGACGAGUACACUAGGACCUCCGGGCCACUGUGCCCUCACGGAGCAAAAGGCAACGGACCCUGGUCUCUCAUGGCCAGCACGAGCAAUAAGUCGGUGCUCUUCUGCAACCAGAGCAGCAGCGCAUACGCCGUUCAGCACGAUAGGAGCCAGGAAACUCCUCAAAAUCGUGAAUGCGGACACAAGAGCGCUUGGGAAGUUCUCAUGAGUCACCCGGACUUCUCUAACUUUACUUGGCCCAAGGAUGCGGCGCAUCCUCGAGGCCGCGGGUUGAGACCUAAAUUUCAAUUUAUUAUGCCAUGCAGCCGUCAAUCUACAGUGUUUGUAAUGGACGUGUCACCCAGCGUAUCACCAACGUUCCUACGGAAAUCUCAGGCCAUUGUCAACAACUAUCUCGAGUACAUGUCGGCGUACUCCAAUGUGGCCCUGUUGACUUACGGUAGCGGGGGCAAUGCGAGUGCCGCUGGCUGGAAGAGCACGCGAGAGCCAGCACUGACAAUAGCCAGUAGAGGCGGCGUGCGGUCCUUGAAUAGAGCUCUCCAACGGUUAGACACACGAGAGGCAGCAGGCGACUACCCAAGCCUGAAGGCAGCAUGGGAUGUCGCUGAACGACUUAUCUCAGGCCAUGCACCUGAUUAUGACUAUCGGCAUACCAGAAAAUUCUGCGCAGCGAACAAUAUAGUAUCUAAGCUGAACAAGGUAGUCAUACUCAGUGAAGCACCAAGGUUACCCACCAUGCACAGACCGCCUUCUAGAACGGAGGUCCUCUUCACCAGCGAGACAGGCAAAGAACUGUUCAGAAAACGGAACCGUAGUAGCCGGCCCUGCAGGAGUCAUCGGCAGGACUUGAUCUUCGCCUGCUCACGCAAUGACGAUCUCGGGCGCUGUGCCAGUGACUUUCUCUUCAAUGCGACAAGCCUGGCGUUGGACAAGUCCCACAACGUCACAGACGGCGACCGCGCUAUCACCGGCCGCCUUGACGUACGCAGCGCUCUCUUCCACAAGAAACAAGUAACCAAGCUACGUUUCAUGAUGGUGUUAUCCGGGCCCACAAAAAACAACAGAACUCCGUAUGAUGGUAUGAAUGCACGUACGGGAGCUUGCGAGUUGAACUACGUCAUCAACCUGACCUUCCCAAAUCAUGAGCGGCGGGCGCUAAGCGGCAAUUUCUGCUCAAACAGACGAGUGAAGCAGUUUGGGGUACCGGCCACAUUGCAAAGUGCCUUUGUCACUGUUCACCUACCUCAUACAGUCGGUUUGGACUUCCGGCUGGAAGUUUACGUCAAGCGCAAGUUCAAGUGAGCCGGCCCAACUUCACUCCCCGCAGUGCCCUGGUGUGGAGCCGCAUUGCUCACACUGCCAGCGACGAUGGCCAUCCAUGCCGGUGGGAGCGUACCAGCUACGCAUUACACACCGUGUUCUGCAGACCCAUGGCCCUGCGGAUGGCAUCCAAGUCUCAAGCCAGCGUACGUAAUGGUGCAUGUGGAGAGUGCAGAGUGCCAACGUAUGGACACAUUAUCACAUGGUGCCAUGGUUCACCAAGGCCACGGAGAAUGCACUAGCCUCUGAGAGACGUGCAAGACACUGCAGUUACUGACUAAGACCAUGUACGGAAAUGCGUCUGCAGAUGCAAGUGUGCGCAACAGUGCUGAUAGUGUGAAUCAACGUAGACUUUGGGUACUGGAUUAACCCAGCUUACUUACUGAAAAAACGGUUGAAGGUGGAAAUCCUAGCUAAUACUAUACUUACUGCAUGUACAUCUCACCAUGAUGGCCAUUCAGACAACCAAGAUUUCUAAAAUCUACUUGCCUAUGCAUGUAGGUGAACACACGCUGUAUGACCGAGCUUGUCAGCUCCCCAGAACCUGCAACAUAGCCCAGUGUGUGUGUGUGUGUGUGUGUGUGUGUAUGUGUGUGAGUGUGUAUGUGUGUGUGUGUGCGCACGCCCGUGCGUGUGUGCGUGUGUGCUCGUAUGGUAUGUCUAUGUGUGUGCGGACACAAGCCGUCGGAAACUCUGCUCUCACUUUGAACUAUGUCAACUCUAUCGGGCACACUUGAGUAUGCCUCAGCUCAAUAUUAAUCUAUAUGUACAUGCUUCCUUCUGGCCUGUGCCUGACUUCACCUGUUGAGAUUGCUGUUUACUCUACGCUACAUGUAGUCUGGCAUACAUGAACUUGACAUGACUGUACAGAACUGAUCUGCUCCUAACAGUCAUCCUAUAGCCGUAUGCGAACUCCACAUGAUGCUUGUAAUGCUUGUGCUGUAGUGCUUCUAUGCACAAGUAUCUGCAAAUAAGCUUGACUGAAGCAUUUUGCGGAGCAUUAGGCAGCUUUGAACUACCUUUCUUGAGUAUCAUUAUUCAUUAUGCCUGAGAAUGCCC